AUGAGGGAUGUCGUUGAGCGUUACAUGACAAAGCAUCGUGGCAAUGGACUCGACGGUAGCAUACAUCCGGCUUUGAACACGAAUACCUCAGCUGUGCGUUACAAUGCGGAGAUUGCGAAGUGGAUGCCUAGCGAAGCAGUUGUUCCCAUUAUUGAACCGAUCGUGAUACGCCCAGCGUCACCACUUGACCCAGAUAGACACAAAUGGAAAGGCAACACAAAGUCUGUUCAACCGGACUUCAAAUCGAUGUUCAAAGACAUCGAAAGAGAUGAGCUUAACUUCCGUAAUGCUGUCGCGGCAUUCCAACAAGAUGUCAAACCGGAGUAUCGAGUGGGUAUCAACCUUUCCGAAAGUCGUUCAAUGGAUGAUAUUGUGAGCGCUGUGAAGGAAGCGCAAAAAGCCUACGAAUUGAAAGCAGAAAAAGGAAUGUUUGCUCCUUUCCGCAAGGUAUUGCGCAAAAUUGGAGAUCACCACAAAACGUAUCAGAGCUUCAUUGCACUUGCUCCGUCACAGUCAACAUACUUCUCACUGGUAUGUGGAGGGGUAGUGCUCCUACUUGAGGCUGCUGGAAAGAUGCGUGAGAUCAACGAGGAGGUUCUCAAUACCCUUGCCGACAUACCAAUGCUGGUAGACAAGAGUCAGCGUCUACUUGCCGCCUACCCGAGCUCUGAAGACUUACAACAGCAUUGUUCGAAUCUCUACGUUGCAGUGCUGCACACCCUUGGCGACAUACUCCAGUAUUAUCGCGAACGAGCCGUUCGCAAAGCUAUCAAGGCCGUUUUCACGCAGGGUUCGUUCAAAAGUAAGUUGAUGGAGAGAAUCUCAACCUUGCAGCGAUGCGAAGAUGCUAUCAACAGGGAGGCAGCGACAUGCGAUAUGGAGACCGGCGUAGAUACUAAUCGUAAUGUGAGGGAUGUAUGCGAUGUUACAAAGGCAACAUAUGAGAAUCAAGGGAAAUUAUAUGAAGAGAUGGUUGAGCAACGAAAGCAGCAACGACAAGAGGUGGCCCAGCUCCGCGCCGAAAAUCAGAGGAUAGCGUCAACACUGAAUAAUGUUCAGGCUCUUCUCAUGGCACAGCCCAUGAGAAAUAUGCCGGAAUCGGAUGCUACCGGCAAAGUAGAUCACGAGCACAGGAGCCCCAGUCCCCACCAAGAGAAAGCCAUCUCGAAGAAAGCCGCACUAGUCACCAAGAAGAAGAUCAUUAGAGAGCUCGGCUACCAGAACCGGGUGACGCUUAGCGACAGAAAGUACAAUUUGGAGCAAAUCAUGUCGUUCACUCGGGCAGACCAGAACCGAGCUGUCUACGUAUUGCAAUCAGCAAAGCUACAAAAGUGGCUCAAAGCCAUCGAAUCUUCCAUACUUCUGGUGAAUGGUGGCAUGUCUGGUUCCCACAGCCUGCGUACACCCAUCAGCUUCGUGUCUGCCAAGUUGGCUGAUGCGUUGCAUCAGUCGCGCAGCGAGUCAACAUUCAUCAGCCUGAAUUUCUUCUGUGGAGAGCAUGAGGACUGGAGGGAAAAUGUUGACAAUGGACCUGCAGCUGUGUGGAACAGUUUGCUUGCACAAUUGUUGUUGCAGUAUGACCAUUUUGAUCUUGCGACUGUGAAACGGCUGAGCAAGAUUGACAACGACGACGUAAAGGCUUUGGGGAUUGCUUUUGGUAACUUGCUGAAGCAACUUCCACAAGGAUACGUGGUAUUCUGUAUUGUGGACAGUGUGUCACUCUACGACGACGAAGAGCGAGGAGAUGAUGCGGAACUUCUAGUCAAGAAGUUGGUGCAUCUGGCUCGAAGGUCGGCACAAGAGGAUAGGUGCAUCUUCAAGCUUCUACUGACUUCGCACACCCAACUCCGGCUUGACGCUGUAAGUUGUUUGCGAAGUAAAGAGGUUUUACAGGUGCCGGAGAUUCUCGAAAGUGGAGAUGGUUUCAGCGACUUGCAGUGGGAAAGGGGCAUUGGACGGAGAAUUGACAGCUUGUAG